GAGUCCAGAGUCCCAGACAGGCCCUGGGGAGGUCAGAGCUGCCCAGACCUGGUUCAGAGCAGUAGCACCGGCCACCACAGCAAGGUGUCCGGAGCAGCUCGGAAUGGGACCUACAGAACUGGGGCCUGGGCCGAUGGCCCCGGAGAAGGAUCCUGGGAACGUCCUCGCAUUCCCUAGGGCGACUGCAGAGACCAGCAGUGGGCAGUGCCUCGGACCUCGCCAGUUGUGCUCCUACCCACUCUAUGGGCUCAGGGCUUGCAGGAACCUCAGGAUCUCUCUCCCUGGUACAAUCCCAAGAGGGUGAGACAUCUGUAUCUGGUUUCUUCAGACAGCCCUUGACCCGCUAUGGGGUAGAUGGACAGGGCAGGGGGCCCUUUGAUGGGGCUCCUUCGAGGACUAGGACUGCAGCUGGUGAGGGCCUCCUGGAGGAGGCAGACCCUAGCCCGAGGAAGGAGGUAGCAGGCCCCUGUGCCCAGAAUGGCACCACUGACGCCUCCAACGCCCCACAGCCCCAAAUUCCAUGAGGUCUGAGCCCACCCGCCCAGUUCCCUGUCUCCCUUCUCAGCAAGCAAAGGAUGACAGCUCUCAUGAUCACUCAAUAGAGACCCCUGCAUUUGGGGAGCCAGAGCCGCCCCGUGAGGGCCCGUUGCCAGCCAGGACCACCUGCUACCUUGUCACCAUCACCCUGCAGGGGAAGAGAGAGGUGACUCCCGGGGAGGAGGGAGGGGAGCCAGAGCUAGUACCGUCAGUGCCGUGGGAGCUGAAACCAGCCCGACCAGCUCCUUGCCCAGGCGGCCCUGAAGAAUUCCAGGGCUGCCGGGCGAGGGCGCAGGCCCCUCCCCAGGAGCCACGCCCCAUCACGGGGUGUCCCGACUCCAGGCCCUGGGAACCCCAGUUGAAAGAGGACCGGUGCCCAGGGAGAGCAGGCAAGGCUGCUGGGAGCCAGGCCACCGAGACACCUGGAUCUCUGGACAGAAGCAUCCUGGGGGUGCUGAGCAGUGAGGAGACAAAGAGCCGUCAGGGCACGGUGCCAGGCCCUGGCAUGGAGGAGGUGGGCACACACCCGGUCCGGCCAGAGUCUCGUGUGGUGAGUGCCACCCUGACCUGGCGGCAUCGGCCCCCUGCCCAGGAGGAGGUCCGGCACCGCUUCCAUAAGGUCUCCCUGGUCUCACCAGGUGGGGGUGCUGCUCCCCAGGAGGAAUCAUACGCAUACACCUACCAUCGAGAGGAAGUCAAUGGUGUCACCACGUGUGAAGAGGAGACUGUGAAUUCUCAGGGGCCCAAUGUCAGGGUCAGGGAGAGGCACGACCCACCCGAGGACUUAACUCUGGGUGACACAAAGAAAUUCCUCAGUCAUGAGCCCAUCUUCUCCAAGAUGUACACACCACUCCCAAAGGACAAGAGGCAGCAGGGGAGACUGAAGGAGGCCAGUGGCCAGGCCCACAGCAGCACCGCUAUUCCUCAGGCAGAGAUGUCAAGGCUCAGUGCUGCUGCGGGCCCCAGGGCAGAGGGCCCAGUGGCAGGGCCCCGGGAAGCAAGCCCUCACCCGGGCCUGGGCUCCUCCAGCGAAAUCUUUCGGGGCUCCGAGGAGAGGCGGGUGACUCGGACUGUACGCACCACGACAAUGGUGGGAGGGCGUGUGGAGAGACGGACAAGCAGCAGCAGCUCAGUAGUGACUGGGCCAACUGCGGCUGAAGGGCUACCCCGGGGCCGGCACCUAGCGCGAACCGUCCGAGCUGUUGUGGUAGGCCCCCGGCCUGCAGACUCCCCCUCCCCUAGUCGGAGCCAGGCCCUGGAAAUCCUCAGCAAUCUAGUACCCCCUGAGCCUCACUCCCCAAAAGCUGAGACCCUGAGAUGGAGCCGGCUACCCCAGGCCAUCCCCAGGUUCCAAGGGCCCUCCUCAAGCCACGUGGGAGUGCCUGGGACUCAAGGACAGCCCCCAAAUUUUGGGAAGGCUAACCGAGAAGAAGGUAGUACCCACAGGGCCAGUGACAUCAUUGCUGAGGCCCCUUCAUCCAAAGAGAGGGACGUACCAGUUACUAGGCUGUCUGAGUCUGAAAGUGGCCCAGUUCCUCUCGCGCUUCCUCCUCAGGGUUCCCCCAGCAGAACUUCAUCUUCCCUUGGACCGCAGCCCCUGAGCACCCUCACUGCCCCGGAGCUGCCCACAGUGUGUCGCGGCCCCAGUGGUGAGCUCUCCAUGGAGUCUAGGAUAUCCCCUCCCCCAUUGCAGGUGAAAAGCGAGGUUGUCCUGAGCCCUGGAGCUCCCCAGGACUCAUCUUCUAAGAGGACUGAGGUUGUCAUGAGUUCUCAAAUGUCUCUUGCACCAUUCCCCAAAAGGGACAAAGUUGUCCCAGAACCUAGACCUUCUCUAACUCUAUCACCCAAAAGCAGUGAGAUUGACCUGGGUUCUGGAGAAUGUUUUGUCCCAUCUUCCACAAAGACUGAGGUUGUCUCGGGCCCUGGAGCCCCUCUUAUCUCACCCCCAGUGAAGACUGAGGAUGUCUCAGGCCCUGGAGCCCCUCUUAUCCCACCCCCAGUGAAGACUGAGGUUGUCUUGGGCCCUGGAACCCCUCUUGUCCCACCCCCAGUGAAGACUGAGGAUGUCUCGGGCCCUGGAGCCCCUCUUGUCCCACCCCCAGUGAAGACUGAGGAUGUCUCGGGACCUGGAGCCCCUCUUGUCCCACCCCCAGUGAAGACUGAGGAUGUCUCGGGCCCUGGAGCCCCUCUUGUCCCACCCCCAGUGAAGACUGAGGAUGUCUCGGGACCUGGAGCCCCUCUUGUCUCACCCCCAGUGAAGACUGAGGAUGUCUCGGGACCUGGAGCCCCUCUUGUCCCACCCCCAGUGAAGACUGAGGAUGUCUCGGGACCUGGAGCCCCUCUUGUCCCACCCCCAGUGAAGACUGAGGAUGUCUCGGGACCUGGAGCCUCUCUUGUCCCACCCCCAGUGAAGACUGAGGAUGUCUCGGGACCUGGAGCCUCUCUUGUCCCACCCCCGGUGAAGACUGAGGUUGUCUUGGGCCCUGUUGUCCCAUCUCCGACAAAGACUGAAGUCGUGCUGGGGCCCAAAGACCCCACUGGCCCACCUCCCUUGGAGGUUGGGGCUUCCCUCCAGUUUGAGUCCUCACAGGUCCCCGCCAAGGGUGAAGCCAACCGGGAGUCUAUUGGAGAAGAAGAAGAAGUAGCCCUGACUGCUGAUCUGGAGCUUUUCCUGGACACUCUGCGGAACAUGGAGGCCCCCGAGAUCCUGCGCACCCACAGGCUGCCCCGGGCACCCCGCUCCUCCUAUCUGGCCAUGUAUGCCACGCUGCCUGCCAUCGAUGAGGACCAGGCCUCGGCCUGGACUCCGGGAUCUGGGCCAGAACUGGAGCCAGAGCCGGAGCCGGAGCCAGAGCCCGAUGAGGAGCUUGAGAACCCCUACCUCAGUGAUGAUGAGAAGCUUCAGCGGCGCCAGGAGAAGGCCAGCCCUGGGCCGGGAUUCUUCUGGGACACCCAACCCUCCCGGAAGCCCCUGGAAGCCCGCUCCCCACUGGACAUGAUGAAGCUGCACGUGGCAGAUGGUCAGGGGCCACAGGAGACAGAACUGGGUCCACGGCAGGGGGCUGCCGGGGCUCUUCCUUCCCGCCUCGAGGGCAGCCUCCUGUUUAGAGGAGGGGAAGUGGCACCUCCUGCCACUCUGGGGGCCAAGUUAUCUUCCCUGCGACCCCAUGCGUCACCUGCCCUGGAGAAGGGCCCUGGGCGCAUACCCCUGCUGUCCAGCCAAGGAAAGCCACAGGUCCAGGUGGAAGCCAAGGCUGCCAUUCAGCUUCCUGAGGGCAGGAGAUGGGAAAAGAAGGAACAAGGAAAAUUAAACACCAGACCAGGAAAGAUCAUCCUCUUCUUGGAGCCUGGCUGCCAGGGCGAAGCCCGGGAGGUCUGGGAUGACGUCACUGACGCCACAAGCUGGCUUCCCUCUCCAGCUUCCCUCCGGGUGCUAAGAGGAGGGUGGAUGCUAUAUGAGAAGCCUGGAUUCCUGGGCCGGAAGCUGGUCCUCCCCGAGGGGGACAUGGAGCUCAGGAUGUCAGGCAUGGCAUGGAGUCCUGUGACCAUCGGCUCCCUCAGGAGGAUCGUCAGGGACUAUGCCAUCCCCGAGAUCAGCCUCUUCUCAAAGGAAGGCAAUGAGGGUGUCCAGGUGACGUUGACGGAAGCCUUGGAGGAUGCCCAGGGACAGGGACAGCCCUUACUUGCAUCAUCUGUUACUGUCACUGCUGGAUUGUGGUUGCUGUAUUCCAAACCCUACUACACUGGGGUUCCUUGCAUCCUGGAGCCCGGAGUCUAUCCUACUGUGGAAGCCUGGGGUUCUUCUGACCCUCAUGUCAACUCCCUGAAGCCUUUGAGACUGGGUUGUCCUACUGUGGAGAAGCCAGGGGAGCCCAAGGCCCUGGUGUAUGAAGCCACAGACUUCCAGGGCUGCUGCUGGGAAGUGAGCCGAGACAUCUAUGACAUGAAGAGGCCGGAGGAUGGACAGAGCCCCAGCUUGGCCACUGUGGGCUCCUUGCGUAUCCUUGGGGGCUGCUGGGUAGGCUACGAGAAAGAAGGUUUCCGAGGUCACCAGUACCUGCUGGAGGAAGGCGAGUAUCCAGACUGGUCCCACUGGGGCGGCUAUGACAAAUUCCUGACCUCCCUGAGGGUCAUCCGCACGGACUUUUCGGACCCAGCUGUGAUGCUGUUUGCUGCGGACUUUGAGGGACAGAGUGUGGGAUUGAGUGAGGCACUGCUUGACGUGCAGCUGGCUGGACACGGCCUCACCACUCAAGCCAUCCACGUGUUGAGUGGCGUGUGGGUGGCCUAUGAACAGGUGGGCUUCUCCGGGGAGCAGUAUGUACUGGAGAAGGGCGUGUACCGAAAUUGUGAUGACUGGGGGGCUGGCAACAGCACUAUCGCCUCCCUGCAGCCCAUUUUGCAGGUGGGGGAGCACAACCUACAUUUUGUCUCUAAGAUUCAGCUCUUCUCAGGACCUGAUUUCCUUGGGGACCUCUCUUUUGAGGAAGACCAGGCCUCUUUGCCCUCCUCCUUCCAACCCCAGUCCUGCCGGGUCCACGGUGGCAGCUGGAUCCUGUUUGAGAAGCAGGAAUUUGAGGGGGAACAGCACGUGCUCUCCGAGGGAGAGUUCCCAACACUCACGGCCAUGGGCUGCCUGGCCUCCACCGCCCUGAGCUCACUGCGAAAGGUCCCCCUGCAUUUUUCGGAGCCAUCCAUCUUCCUGUAUGGGCUAGAAUGUUUUGAGGGAAAGGAGAUUGAGCUCAAUGGGGAAGUCCGGAGCCUUCAGGCGGAGGGCUUCAACAACCACGUCCUGUCUGUUCGGAUCAAGGGGGGCGUCUGGGUGCUAUGUGAGCACAGUGACUUCCGAGGUCGUCAAUGGCUGGUGGGAAGCACUGAGCUUACCAACUGGCUGAGCUACAGCGGGACCCAGAGAAUUGGCUCUCUCUAUCCUAUCAAGCAGCGCCGAGUUUACUUCUGCCUGCGGAACAAAGGCCUGGGAAGGUGGCUGGCAGUGCCCGAGGACGUGGAGGACAUGAAAGCUGGGAGGGUUGUGGUCUCGGAGACCCGGGCUGGGGGCAACUGUAUCUGGUACUAUGAAGAUGGGCUACUGAAGAAUCAGGUGGCCCCAACAAUGAGCCUACAGGUGAUUGGGCAAGCCAGCCCUGGAUCCAAGGUGGUGCUUUGGAGUGAGAGCCGACAACCCAGACAGACGUGGAGCAUUGACACCUCUGGGCACAUUUGCAGUGAGAUGUUUGAGGACAAAAUCCUGGACGUGAAGGGUGGCCGAGGCUAUGAUAGGGACCAUGCUGUGCUGUGGGACAGGACUGAGGACAGACCUUCUCAGAUCUGGGAUGUCCAGGUGCUCUGAGAUCCUCCACUCCAGAGGACCUAGAGGGGUGGAAUGGGGUGGGGGGCACCUGAACUGGGCCAGAUGUUUGUACAGAUGUUGUCUUGUAACAUAAUAUGUUUUAUAAUGUC